CGCUGGGUGUCCCUCAGCGGGAAGGCGGGAGGCUCGACCGCGGGCGCCUCUGCUGGGGGCGGCCGGUGCUGCCGCUCCCUGUGCGGCGCCUCCUCAGCCCGGCAGCGCGGCGGGCGGGCAGAGGGACGGGAGCUCGCCGCCGCCGUCGCUUCGGAGCUGUGGCAGCGCAGCCGGACCCCACGGCCCGCCUUGAGGGCGGCGGUGGGGAGCGCCUCCGCUACCGGCCAUGGAGCUCUCUCUGCGGCUGCUCCUGGCAUCCUGCCUCUCCCUGGGGGUGGCUGGCGAGUUUGACAGGAGGUGGCCCAGGCAAAUAGUCUCCUCCACAGGACUGUGUCGGUUUGGGAGUAGAAUUGACUGCUGCUGGGGCUGGGCCCGGUUGUCCUGGGGACAAUGCCAACCGUUCUACGUCUUAAGGCAGAGAAUAGCCAGCCUAAGGUGCCAGCCCAAAGCUAUAUGCCAGCCAGGAUGCAAACAUGGUGAUUGUGUUGGGCCAAACAAGUGUAAGUGCCACCCGGGGUACACUGGAAAAACCUGCAACCAAGAUGAGCAGCUGUAUACAAGUCCACCUGGUCACAGCAGUGAGGCACGUCUGUUCCGCCCCCUGGAUCAUGAUGCAAGAAAUAUAGGAUCAAGGGAUCUAAAUGAGUGUGGACUAAAGCCACGGCCGUGCAAACACCGGUGUAUGAAUACCUACGGCAGCUACAAGUGCUACUGUCUGAACGGCUACAUGCUUAUGCCAGAUGGAACGUGCUCGAAUGCCCUUUCUUGCUUGAUGGCAAACUGUCAGUAUGGCUGUGAUGUGCUGAAAGGGGAAGUGCGCUGCCGCUGUCCGUCUCCGGGACUACAGCUAGGGCCUGAUGGCAGGACUUGCAUAGAUAUUGAUGAAUGUGCUACUGGGAGAGUCAUCUGUCCACAAUUUAGGCACUGUGUCAAUACUUUCGGAAGCUACAUUUGCAGGUGUUAUAAAGGCUUUGAUCUAAUGUACAUCGGAGGCAAAUACCAAUGCCAUGAUAUAGAUGAAUGUUCCCUUGGCCUCCAUCAGUGUGGUAGUUUUUCACGAUGUUACAAUAUCCCAGGAUCCUACAAAUGCAAGUGUAAAGAAGGGUACAGAGACAACGGAACAAGCUGCAUACUUAUUCCUAAUGUUAUGAUUGAACCACUUGAUCCAUAUCAUAUAAUCAAGGGCAACAGCACGCUCCCUAAGGGAGACAGUGGUAUAACCAAUAGGAUUCCUGAUGUUGGAGGCACAAGGCAACCCCUCAGACCACCAUAUGUACCUGCUGUUGUUACAGAAAGACCAGUGAUUAGACCGACUCGACCUACACCCCGGCCAACGACUCGACCUACACCCCGGCCAACGACUCGACCUACACCCCGGCCAACGACUCGACCUACACCUCGGCCAACGACUCGACCUACACCUCGGCCAACGACUCGACCUACACCCCGGCCAACGACUCGACCUACACCUCGGCCAACAACUCGACCUACACCUAGGCCAACGACUCAACUGACAGCAAGGCCAACCACUAGGUAUGUGCCAGUGACAACAAGGCCAGUGACAAGGUCUCCACCUCCAACAGCACCUCAACCUCCAACAUUAAGACCUACACUACCAGCACAAACAACUCCCUUGAUAACAGCUGAAGAGCCUUCACAUAUUCCCAUUGAAACUACAUCUUCCCAAGGAAUUACAGAUGAUAACAGGAUCCAGGUAGAUCCCCAGAAACCCCGAGGAGAUGUGUUCAUUCCACGCCAGCCUGGAGUGAGCAAUAAUCUGUUUGAAAUACUUGAAAUUGAAAGAGGGAUUACUGCCGAUGAAUUUGAAGCAAACGAUGACCCAGGUGUGCUGAUACACAGCUGUAAUUUUGACAGCGGACUGUGUGGAUGGAUCAGGGAUAAAGAGGAUGAUUUGCACUGGGAGCCAGUGAGAGAUGCGUCAGGACAUAUUUCACACUCCCACCUCUUCUGUAUGUGAAAAUCGGAACUGAGGAUUCCCAACAUGAAAGAGCAAUUGAGAAUUUACACUUUUAUCAUACCUGGUAUCUUCACAACAGAAAUGCCUCUGAAGGAAUAGAAAAUAUAUUCAGUAAGAGGUUAUCUGUCUUAAAAGAAUCAAAAAGAACAAAAAUGUGGACUAGAGAACAACUUUUAUUUACGGUGAAACAAAGCUUAUUUUUCAAACCACCACGCAAACAGAAUUAUUUCCGUAUUACUAACAAAAUCCCAGAAUGUGCUGGGAAUAGUCUUUGUUCUGCUGCCAAAUAUAAUGUUCUACUUUAACCUCUCAGUUUGAUUUUAUUGAAUUUUACUCCAAGUUACAACAACAUGUAUAUAGGAAAACUGUUGAGUAACUGGAAUGAAGACAAGUUAGGUGCUAACACGCAGAGACUGGGUAUGUUUGGGAUGGUAAAAAGGGACCUUGUAAUGAAUAUCAGAGGGAGUGCAUACUUGCCACUUGCAGUAUAGGUGAAGCCAAAGCAGCAACCACUUGUAAUCACUCACCUCUGCCACUGUGGCUGAGCAGAACUGCACACUUGUGCUGCUGGAAGCUGGUUGUACUUUGUCCCCUGCUGAUUUUACUGUAUGGCACUGAGAAGUUGGUUGUCCCUGCCUGUGAACCCUCCCCCCAGCAGAGCUUGCCCCAUAGUGCUGGGGAUUAGACACACAUCUCUGGCUCCCCAUAAUGAUGGGAUUACUUCAUACCCAGAAGAGCAGCCUUUGAAGUGCACAAUGCUUACAUUAUGCGAGGGGAUGGUGGACUUCGGAAGGAAACAUGCUCUCAGGCGGUAAAACGUUACAGGUUAAGUUGAGGGAGGGUGAGGGCACUGAGAGCCAUUUCCUUACGCAGCACCUCAUCACAGAUGUCUGCCUUACAGUGCCCUUGAUGGCAGUCAUUUGCCACCGCAGCAGGUGACCUGGCACCUUUUCCAGGCUGUUUAGCUGGCUAAGUGGGAGUGCUGUCUUCACUGACUGGGCAGGCCCCUGCCCCAUCACAGGCAUGCUCUAGUGUCUCCUGUGCUGCUUACAACACUUAUAAAGUCUCAGAAAUGGCUCAGAGAGCAGAGCUCCUUCCUCCUGCAGAUGAGAGAACAGGCAGCUGUCUCCUGCGUGCAGGCUGGCAUUUGUAAAGAUCACACGUAAUCCAAACAUCUUCUUGGUAAAUGGAUUUAAAACCACUUUGAGAAGGUCACUCAAAGCAUAUACAUUACCUGUGCUCAAAAGUUGCUGCUAAUACAGUUCCAGAAGUAUGAUUUUUAACUGGCUUUUUUUUAGCCUUUUUUUUUUUUUCCCCUCCUGCGCUGCUUCCCAGCCAGGGACAAUCCCAGCUUUUUGUUUCCUGUGUAUGUUCUGCUGCUGUUGACAUAACCUGUUAAAACUAGUCCCUUGAAGUCACCCACCCACACCCUCCUGUCUGCAAUACCUUGUUGCAAGGAUUUAUUUUCACAGCUUGUUCCUGAGUGUUUGCUUUCACCUUUCAAAGUUUGCUAUUUAUUGGUUUAUCAGAAUGCAUUUUGAAAGGUGCCAUGCUGAAUGAAGCCUUACAAGCUUAUCUUGCAUGCAGAAAAUGCUGAUGUGAGGGGACCUUUUCCUGCAGGCGUAUGUUGGCUUUGUGCUUACCUAAAUCUGUUUCCCAUUGAUUGGGUUUGGUCACUGUAACUAUCUGAAACAGAUGCAGUUAAUGAGUUAAGGCAGUAGUUUUGUAGUGAUAGAAUUGUAUCUACAACAAACAGGUGCAGUUAUUUAAACUCUAUUAUGCUUAUUUUAGCAGUUAGUGACCUUGAGGCAAAACCAAUGCAUUAAAAAUACCCACAAAAAACAACCCACCACCAAAAACUGUAACAGCUCCUUGGGCAAAUGGAUCCCAUUUCAUGCCCAAAUACAGAUCUGGGGGCUCAGACAGCACUAUAAUACUUUGCUUUAUUAAAUCUCACAAAGACUGAAGAACUUAAAACCCUAUGUAGUAGUAGGGAAUUGGAGACAAGGUUGGCUGUCCUUUUCAGUGUGCAACAAGCCCUUGGUUCAGUGUCAUUAAAUCACACCUGAGGUGUGAGGUGGCUUUCAAAAAGAAGUUUUCAAAACCAUAAAGCUCUGGUUGAGUAGUAGCAGGGUGACAAUUUAAAUGAAAAAUAUUUUUCUAUCCUAUAAUUAAGACUGUGGAUAGCAACCCUAUUACAACCCCCCAGGAUUUCUAUGUCAUUAGUUUCAACUAAGGAGCCUAACUGCAAACUUUAACUUAAGUUCAUUAACCUUAGGUUUGUUGGAUGCUGCCAUUCCUAGGAUCUUCUAAUUUUCAUGUUCAUGUUCUAGGUGUUUUUAUGAAGGCAUCUUUAUUUCAUAGAUGAUCAGAGAUAAUAAUAUAGUUUUGAAUAAGUAUGGAUGUUCCGUGACAAGUUACUGUUAGAGAAGACUUCAGGGAGUGUAUCAAGUUAACAGCCAUUUGGAAAUCAAUGUUAUUUCUAUCUUUCUGUACGUAAUCCAGAUUAGGAGUUUAAAUUAUGGUUAAACAAAAAAGCUAUCUGUG